GCACAAAGAUCACCGAAUGCGGAAGUACUACGCAUAAACGCGAUAAUCCCCUAUUGAACUUCUGCCGGCUUGGCACGAGAGGAGAAAGAGCACCAGCCAUGGCAGACUACUCAAACGUGGCGCCCCCGUCCUCACGUGCCCGCUGGGUUGAACGACCCGUUCAAAGACGCGCUUCAACGAGCGAGACAGCCUUCUCGGGUGAAAUGGGCGGGCCCCCAAGGACCGCAUCGGAAGACUUCAAGGUUCCCGAUGGCAUGGUUGGAUUCAUUAUUGGGCGAGGCGGAGAGCAGAUAUCCCGUAUAAAGCAGGCAUCUGGUUGUAAAAUACAGAUCGCCCCAGACAGUGGCGGCAUGCCCGAUAGAUCGGUGACAUUGACAGGAUCCCCAGACGCCAUCCAGGCUGCGAAGAGGCUCCUCACAGAGAUUGUGGAGAAGGGUCGCCCAACACCAGCAUUCCACCACAACGAGGGCCCUGGCAUGUCGGUUCAGGAGAUCAUGGUCCCUGCUUCUAAAGCCGGCUUGGUCAUUGGCAAGGGAGGGGAAACCAUUAAGAGCCUUCAGGAAAGAGCCGGAGUUAAGAUGGUCAUGAUCCAGGAGGGACCUCAAAACACGGGCGCAGACAAACCUCUCCGGAUUUCGGGGGAAGCUUUCAAAGUUCAGCAAGCCAAAGAGUUGGUGAUGGAGCUGAUCAGAGACCAGGGGUUCAGAGAGCAGAGGGGGGAGUAUGGCUCUAGGUUGGGGGGUGGUGACAGCUUAGAUGUGAGUAACAUUGAAGUCCCAGUGCCGAGGUUUAGGGUCGGAACCGUCAUCGGUAGCAAAGGUCAAACGAUCAAGAUGAUCCAAAGCGACACGGGCGUCCGCAUCCAGUUCAAACAAGACGACGGCACCACGCCGGAGAGGAUAGCCCAGAUCAUGGGCCCGCCCGAGCAGGCCCAGAAAGCGGCCGACAUUAUCGCUGAGAUCUUGAGGUUUGGUGAAAUGCACUAUAUUGUCAGAAAAUGUUUGGCCGUUAUAGAAAGAAGAAAAAAUUAAAGAUGAUAUGCGUUGUUAAGUUUUGACCCUGAGGGGGAGCCACAGUUGAUGCUUCAUAUGCACGUACGUCCUUAUGUCUCUCGCACAUUCUGGUGUAUUCUGAUUGAGUUGUAUGAUCAUAUUCUAUUCCGAUUGAGCUGUUCUUCCACUUCUGAUCAGACCAGAAGUGUCCAUGUAACGAGGGAGAAUUAACGAUCAAUUUUAAUUGCAUUUUGAAGUAGUUCAUUUCAAUAUAGAAAUAUUAAUGAUUAAUCGAAAAUCUAUCGUUAAUUCUCCUGACGAUCGACUAAGACAAUUUAAUCGAAUGCCCGUCCCUAAUAUAUUACGUUGUAGUCACAACAUCCGAAGCAUUGAUCGAUGAAGGAUUGAGGCAUGAGUAAGAAAUGUAAACGACGAAGAAGAAAGGAGUUGUGAACGACUGCGUUACCGGAGAAAGAGAGGGUAUUUUUCUUGCUUAAUUUCACAUACACCAAACUCUGGGAAAAUGUAGUUGAUUCUGUGUUAAACUGUGAAAACAGGGAGUGGAAGGCCGGGACCCUAUAUUGUUCAGCUCACUGUUGAUAAUAAUAAAAUAAAUAUUUUCUAUG